AUGGCUGAUUGUAUCAGUGGCUUGGUCAAGCAAGUAGAUGACAACUCUUGGCUUAUCGGGAAUAGGUUUAUUCUGCAGCGGGCCAAAGUCGCUGAAAAGCCGUUGUGGAAGGACCACCAUGGCAAUUGUUACUCUCUCGCAGAUAAUAUAUCAUCGCUCCCUCCUGCCACUGCGAUUCCCUCCGACGGCUAUCCCCAUCUUCUGCACAGCUGUGCCAAUGUCUCUGCAGUCUGGGCUUUUGGAGAUGUCGUGCUUAAGAUUAAGCUGUUCCAAACACGAAAAGGCGGCACAAGAGAGAAUGUGACCCUGGACUGGCUGGCAAACCAGAAUCUGAAGUUCGCGAUGCCUCGAGUCUUGCACUACUCGGAAGAUGAGGAUCGGAGCUACCUCUUUUCAACUCGUUUGCCCGGAGUCACGUUAAACAGUGCUUGGCCAUUGAUGAACGACGACUAUAGGCAAUACUACGCUCAGCAGGUUGCUGAGAUAUGCACUCAAUUAUCAACUCAUUCAUCUACACGCAUAGGAGGAGUAGAUAACUUCCAGUUAUCUGAUAGCUGGCUGGAUCCCUUGACCUACGACUUUCGAUCAGAGACUCUGCUAGAAAACUGCAAUCAACUAGGCAUGCAAAUUUCUUCAUCUGCAGUGUUUUUAUUCUCUCAUAAUGAUCUAGCGCCAGGCAAUAUAAUGGUUGAUCCGCGAGAGAAACAUUUAGUGGGGAUCAUUGACUGGGAGAUGGCAGGUUUUGUUCCACGGGAAUGGAUUAGCACUAAAUUCGCUGUUGCUUGGGGACUAGACCUUGAAUUGGGAGAUGUAUCUGGAAUCCCUGAGGCGGAUUGGAGAAAACGGGUGCACCAAGAACUUAAGAGAAGAGGAUUUCCGGAUGUCUCAGCCACAUGGAAGCAGUGGUUUAAUGAGCAUUACGCUUCGCAACAGUACAGACAGUUGUCAAAUGCCAUAUAA